CUUUUGCAGGGAAUUAAAGCAGUUCUAGCAGAAAGUUAUGAACGAAUUCAUCGCAGUAACCUUGUUGGAAUGGGAGUGAUCCCACUAGAAUAUCUUCCUGGGGAGACUGCAGAAUCUCUGGGACUAACAGGCAAAGAACGUUACACAAUUGUCAUUCCAGAAGAUCUUACACCAAGAACCAUAGUGGACAUUAAGCUUGACACUGGAAAGACCUUCCAGGCUCGAAUGAGAUUUGACACGGAUGUUGAACUCACUUACUUCCGCCACGGAGGCAUCCUGAAUUACAUGAUUCGAAAAAUGAUCAAGAAUUAAUCUCGAAUCUAGACUAGGAGAGGAACACCAGGUUUAAUCCUGCUGAAACACCACCCAAACAGAACGCACAAGAAGUAAUUUUUAGAUAAAUAAAACUUUUACAUAGCAUUUUUUUUUCUGUGAAUUGUAUUAAUCCAGUGCACAUUUAUACUUAAUGGUGAUGAAAAUUAUUUUUUACCAUUUUAAUUCCAGAAGAAAUGGCAAUAGUCUAUAAAGAUGGAGAAAUGUAAUAUUGCCUGUGAUUUUGUUCCCUCCAGUCCUGCCAUAUGGACAUUUUGCCUUUGAUUUGCAGAAUGCACUCUUAACAGAAAUUUCAACUUGCCAAGUUUAACACACACACACACACACAAAUGUUUCUCUGUCACACUUGAAAUCCGCACUGGUUUCAUAACUGCUCUUUGUUUUCUGAAAAAAUAAAAAUGGGUCUCUUCUUUAACCACAGUACUCUGGACUCUUGUUUAACAGCUGCAGGUUGAACUGGUUAAACAUUCCAGAAUUGGCCGUCUCACUUUGUGAAACCCAGGAAAGAGGUCAGAUUUCCAUGAAAUGCUUGCUAUGUUAAUAAAUGAUUACAGAAUGUGAUUUUCAGUUCUGGGAAAUGUAGAUUUAAUGAAAUAGGAAAUACUCGCAGUGUACUGUAUAUUCAUUGAAUAAUGAUGUAUCAUGUUUAUGCUUUUAGAGAAAUAUCACAGAUGCUUAGAGGUCAGUGGUUGUUGUGCACAGCAGCUCUUAGACUGUGGCUGCGACUGAAUAACAGAAAUGUGAGCCGUACAGACGGAGUUCUUAGUGCCCCGGGAUGUUUUCAGAGGUUUUCUAGUGGUGCUGCCACACUGAUCUUCAUUACCAGUACCAUAGCUUGAUGUCAACAGUUUGUCUUGUUACGUUAUGACAAGUGUACCUUCUUAGUCUUUAAAGAUCAAUUAAAUCAUCUAGUAUGUUUCUAACCUGAAGCCAGAAUAAAUCUAUUUUUGAAACA